AUGGACGAGAACUCUAUGGCAUAUAACGCUCGCAUCGAGGCUCUUCGAAAAGACGAAUUCCCUAUGCUGCAUGACGGCAUCUAUCUCGACCAUGCUGGAACGACACUGUAUUCCAAGUCCCUGGUGGACGCUUUUGCUGCCGAGAUGACCACCAAUCUUUUCGGGAACCCUCAUUCUGCUUCGGCAUCGUCGCAAUGUACCAUGGCUAGAAUUGAAAAGAUCCGAUACCGCGUCCUGCAGUUCUUCAAUGCUGAUCCUGCGGAAUUUGAUCUUGUCUUUGUCGCCAACGCAACCGCGGGGAUCAAGAUGGUAAGCGACGCAUUCCGGGGCUUUUCUGAAGGCUUCAAUUAUCUCUACCAUCACGCAUCCCACACUAGUCUUGUCGGUGUUAGACAGGAGGCUAGGAAUAGUCUUUGUCUAGACACCGACGGCGUUAAUGACUGGAUUGAGCGAGGAGAGCUUGAACCGAGCAUUGACUGCCGGCAACGAGCAACCUUAUUCGCAUAUCCAGCUCAAUCCAACAUGGAUGGGCGGAGAUAUCCCCUCGACUGGGGUGCAAGACUGCGUGGAACCCAGCCAAACCCAAGUUGCCAGAUGUACACAUUACUUGACGCCGCAGCUUAUGUAGCGACGUCUCCGCUAGACCUCGGCAAUGUUGAAGCCGCCCCAGAUUUUACUGUAUUGAGCUUCUACAAGAUUUUCGGCUUUCCCGACCUAGGCGGACUCAUUGUCAAGCGUGAAGCUGCCUCAAUCUUCACACAACGUCGCUACUUUGGUGGCGGGACUGUUGACAUGGUGACGUGCACUAAGGAACAGUGGCAUGCUCCCAAAACUCAGAGCUUGCAUGAGACACUUGAAGACGGCACUUUGCCCAUCCACAGUAUCAUUGCGCUUGAUUCGGCGCUCGACGUACAUCACACAUUAUACGGUACUAUGACAGACAUUGCUUUACACACAUCCUUUUUGGCCCGCCAAUUGUAUAGAGGGCUGGAGAAAGUUCAGCAUGGUAACGGCCAACAAGUAUGCGUGAUGUACUCCACUUCACCGGAUGAUACAGAUGCUGGUCUUGGGAAUGGAGCAGUGGUUGCAUUCAAUCUGCGAACUUGCAUGGGGGCUUGGAUCAGCUUGACUGAAUUUGAAAAGCUCGCCGUCUUGAAGAACUUUCAUGUGCGUACUGGGGGACUCUGCAAUCCCGGAGGAAUCGCAGCCGCCUUGGGACUUGAGCCUUGGGAAAUGAAACAGAACUUUUCCGCUGGUUUUCGUUGUGGCAAUGAGCACGACGUCAUAAAUGGUAAGCCGACGGGGGUCAUUCGGGUCAGCCUUGGGGCCAUGAGUACUCUGUCGGAUGUUGACAAUUUCAUUGCUUUUAUUGAAGAAUUUUACCGAGAAGACCGUCAGCCCCAGCCAGUCUCUCACAACGUACCUACCGUUAACAAUAACGGAUCGGAAGUAUUUGUUGACACCAUUAUGGUAUACCCAAUUAAAAGCUGUGGUGGUUUCCGUAUUCCUGCCGGUCUUCCAUGGGCGGUGAGAUCAGAAGGUCUAGCUUGGGACAGAGAGUGGUGUUUAGUGCACCCUGGGACCGGACUUGCUCUCACACAGAAGCGAUACUCCCGCAUGGCUCUCAUACGACCCUCGAUCGACUUGUCAGCUGGAAAGCUUAGAGUUUCUUACCAAGGGCCGCUCCCAGAAUCCGCCCAGAAAGAGAUUUCCGUUCCCUUGUCCUUAAAUCCAGAGUUCUUCCGGCCGGUUGAUAACCCCAGGUCGACUAAGACUCGCGUAUGUGGUGAUGGGAUAUCUACGAUGAUAUACAAGUCACAUGAUAUAAACACUUUCUUUUCUAAUAUUAUUGGUACACCAUGCGCAUUAGCUAGAUUUCCUCCGGGCGGGUCGGGUAACAGCAUGCGCCAUGCGAAGGCUCACCUCCAGAGUCACCAAACCCAACCCUCUGUGAAGGACAACGUACAAAGUCAUCGUCAUGGCAUCCAAACCCCACCCGAUUCAGAUGAAGAGUCAGAACGGCGUCGAAUAUUGCUAUCUAACGAAAGCCCUAUCCUUGCGAUUAAUCUCUCGAGCCUUGCCGCUCUAAAUCGGGAUCUGGUCAAGAAUGGGGGAAGUCCCGUAUAUGCAGAAACAUUCCGUGCCAAUAUUGUAAUUGGCUCAUCGUCAUCCGCCUCGAAAUCGACUCCUGAAAUCCUCGCAUAUUCAGAAGAUGAGUGGGAUACGUUACGAAUAGGCACACACAACUUCAAAAUGUUAGGUGCAUGUCGAAGGUGCCAUAUGGUAUGCAUCAAUCAGAACACGGCUGCUAAGAGCGAUGAACCGUUCCUCACCCUAGCGAAAACCAGGCGGUUCAAUGGGAAGGUGUUCUUUGGAGUCCACAUGUGUCACAUACCUAUGGUGGCCCCUGACACGAGGGAGGCACAGAGUCCGACGAUUUCAAUAGGUGACAAGAUAGCAAUUGAUCCCUUAUGA